AUGGAAGCUGAGAAGCAAGGUUCAUUGUGUGCAACAACAUAACCCAUCUAGCUUAAGUACAGAUUCAAAUGAGGUAUGCCUGUUCUGUUGCCAUUGGUAAAGUGAGGCUCUUCUUGGCCAGGUUAAUAGGCCUAGCUAUCAGCUGGUGUGGCCCUGAGACCCUGACAGUCUAACACAGACACUCACCCAUAAUCCUUCACUGUGUUGCCCUCACCUCUCUCCCUCUCUCUAUAGCUCCCUCUCAUAAUCCUGCUAUUUAGCGGUCAGGUACAGGUUGAGCCAGUGUAAGACCUGAAUAAGAUAACUGCUUACAUAAUGCUUGGUACAUUAGGUAUGUAAUGAUGUAGGCCCUUCAACACACACCCUGUCCAGUGCUGAGUGCCAUCAUGUACUCCCCCUUCACAAAGGUGGUGACCCUUGUGGCCUAAAUAAUUAUCGCCCUAUUUCUAAACUUUCUUGCCUAGCUAACAUGUUAGAAUCCUUGAUUAAUUCUCAGCUAAGAUCUUUCUUAUCUUUGAAAUGUAUUCUAAAAUGUACAUCAGUCGGGUUUUAGACCAGGUCAUAGCGCUAUCUCUGCUGCUUCUCUAGUUAUAAAUGUUGUGGUUAACUGUAUGGAUAAAAGGCAACAUUGUGCUGCCCUAUUCAUUGACCUGUCAAAGGCUUUCGAUACUGUUGAUCACUCACUUCUAAUUCUGAGGUUUUCCUCAAUUGGCCUAGACCAGGCUGCAUGUAACUGGUUUAAAAAUUACUUGACAGAUAGAACUCAAUGUGUAUCUACUGAUGGUGUUAAAUUAGGUUUUCUGGAUAUCACGAAAGGUGUCCCGCAGGGGUCGAUUCUGGGUCCUGUACUUUUUACAUGAACAAUAUCGACUUGUCUGUAACAAAAGUGUAACCUGCACUGUAUGCCGAUGAUACUGUUGUGUAUGCUAUUGCCUCCACGGUUGACCAGACUCUAUCUGAACUACAUUCUGCCUUCAUUGUAUCACAGAAAAACAUUAUUGAACUGAAAUUAGUAUUGAAUGCAGGAUUAACGAAGUAUAUAUUGUUCUCUACACGCUUAGAAAAAAAGUACUAUCUAGAACCUAAAAGGGUUCUUCGGCUGUCCCCAUAGGAGAACCCUUUGAAAAACCCUUUUUGGUUCCAGGUAGAACCUUUUUGAGUUCCAUGUAGAACCUUUUACACAGAGGGUUCUACAUAGAACCCCAAAGAGUUCUACCUAGGGCUGUGGCGGUCACGAAAUCUCGUCAGCCGGUGAUUGCCAAGCAAAUAACUGUUGGUCUCACGGUAAUUGACUGUGAAUUAACAUAAACACAUUUAACAUCUCCUGGCUUCCACACAUUGCCUACAAGCCACUGAUGCAGACCUUUGGAAAUCUACAUUUAAAAAAGUAUAAUAAAUCCAUGUAAUAUAGCCUACACCUUCACAAUAAAACCGUGAUUUAUUUUAGACAGGUCUAAAGAAACAUGAUAUGAAGAAAAUGUAGUCCAUUUCAGAAGAACAGACUACUAUACUCUGAGACCCCGUGUAGCUCAGUUGGUAGAGCAUGGCGCUUGCAACGGCAGCGUUGUGGGUUCGAUUCCCACGGGGGGCCAGUAUGAAAAAAAAAGGUAUGCACUCACUAACUGUAAGUCGCCCUGGACAAGAGCGUCUGCUAAAAUGACUAAAAUGUCAAAUGUAAAUGUUAGAUCCUUAUCUGGCUAUGGCUGUGGGCUACACUAGUUCAUUUAGCAGACAAGAUUUGCUUAGAAUUCUGUGGCAUUAUUUUAUAGUAUGAAGGAAGGAUAUUUUCUACAAAGGAUUUGAGGGAGUGCGCACAUGCGGCUAUUCUGUGAUGAGCGGUUAACAAAGAAAUAGGUAUUCCUAUAUGCUUAAUUUAGAGUUAUUAAUGUAACUUUAGUUUUUCUAAACGUUGGGCAAUUGUUUUUAUUUUCAAUUCAUUGUAAAGCUGCAUGAUCAAAUCAAAUCAAAUUGUAUUUGUCACAUGCGCCGAAUACAACAGGUGUAGACCUUACAGUGAAAUGCUUACUUACAAGCCCUUAACCAACAAUGCAGUUUUAAGAAAGAACACCAAAUAAAAUCACAAACAAAUACAAUAUAAAAUAAUACGAAAUAAAAGUAACAAAUAAUUAAAGAGCAGCAGUAAAAAUAACAAUAGUGAAGCUAUAUACAGGGGGUACUGGUACCGAGUCAAUGUGCGGGGGCACCGGUUAGUCAAGGUAAUUGGGGUAAUAUGUACAUGUAGGUAGAGUUAUUAAAGUGACUAUGCAUAGAUAAUAAACAGAGAGUAGCAGCAGCGUAAAAGAGGGGUGGGGGGGGCAAUGCAAAUAGUCUGGGUAGCCAUUUGAUUAGAUGUUCAGAAGUCUUAUGGCUUGGGGGGUAGACUUGGCGCUACGGUACCGCUUGCCAUGCGGUAGCAGAGAGAACAGUCUAUGACUAGUGUGGCUGGAGUCUUUGACAAUUUUUAGGGCCUUCCUCUGACACUGCCUGUUAUAGAGGUCCUGGAUGGCAGGAAGCUUGGCCCCAGUGAUGUACUGGGCCGUACGCACUACCCUCUGUAGUGCCUUGCGGUCGGAGGCCGAGCAGUUGCCAUACCAGGCAGUGAUGCAACCAGACAGGAUGCUCUCGAUGGUGCAGCUGUAGAAACAUUUGAGGAUCUGAGGACCCAUGCCAAAUCUUUUCAGUCUCCUUAAAGGGAAUAGGUUUUUUCAUGCCCUCCUCACGACUGUCUUGGUGUGCUUGGACCAUGUUAGUUUGUUGGUGAUGUGGACACCAAGGAACUUGAAGCUCCCAACCUGCUCCACUACAGCCCCAUCGAUGAGAAUGGGGGUGUGCUCGGUCCUCUUCUUAUUCCUGUAGUCCACAAUCAUCUCCUUUGUCUUGAUCACGUUGAGGGAGAGGUUGUUGUCCUGGCACCACACGGCCAGGUCUCUGACCUCCUACCUAUAGGCUGUCUCGUCGUUGUCGGUGAUCAGGCCUACCACUGUUGUGUCAUCGGCAAACUUAAUGAUGGUGUAGGAGUCGUGCCUGGCCAUGCAGUCAUGAGUUAACAGGGAGUACAGGAGAGGACUAAACAUGCACCCUUGAGGGGCCCCUGUGUUGAGGAUCAGCGUGGCAGAUGUGUUAUUGCCUACCCUUACCACCUGGGGUCGGCCCGUCAGGAAGUCCAGGAUCCAGUUGCAGAGGGAGGUGUUUAGUCCCAGGGUCCUUACCUUAGUGAUGUGCUUUGAGGGCACUAUGGUGUUGAACGCUAAGCUGUAGUCAACAAACAGCAUUCUCACGUAGGUGUUCCUUUUGUCUAGUUGGGAAAGCGCAGCGUGGAGUGCAAUAGAGAUUGCAUCAUCUGUGGAUCUGUUGGAGCGGUAUCCUUCCCUCCUCUCUUCCAUAAGGUAAUCCCUGGGAGUGGGUGCUUUUAUUUGUCCUGUUACACACAAGUGUGUAAUAGAAAUGUGUUUUUUUUGCACAUUCCCAUGCCCUCUGAGACACCCGCAGGCAAUGGGGUCACGGCCAGGGUCGGCUUUGUAUAGCGCCCCUGGAGCAAUUAGGGCUAAGUGCCUUUCUCAAGGGUACAACAACAUCAUUUGCUUGUUUUUUCACCUUAUCAGCUCCAGUAUUCGAGGCCCAGUGGUCUAACCUCGAGAAUUCCUGCCGCUGAUGUGUAGGUGAUUGAAGCCAAAAAAUUGCUCGUAAUGGAAACAUGUGGCAGAAACUAUUAGGGGAGAACUUGGCAAGAAACUAUUUGGGGGAGAACUUGGCAAGAAAUUAGAAGAAGGUGAGCAAGAAAAUGCAACUUUCAUAUGUUUCCUUUCAGGCUCUUGUCGUGGGAGAUGGUCCGACUCCUUGGACACCUUCCCAGUUAAUCAUACCGUUCUCAAAUGGACCACACAGCCUCUUCCUGUAUGAUGUAAGAAGCUCUGACGUUUAUGUUUGAUGACGAAAUACAAUCACACAACCCUGACAUUCUUUGACCUCUGACUCCAACAACUGCCUCUACACGGCUGAUUGGAAUAGUGUGAUUUCUGAGAUUAAGUUUCAAAAUCUUAUCAAAAUCAAUAACAGAGAUCAUGUCUGAAAUUUGAUUUCUCUGACAGAUGUAACUCUCACUCUCCGUCUCUCUUUCUCUCUUUCCAGUUCCCUCUCGGACAGGUUUUGGGAUCACGGCCCCAUCCACAACAGAGGGCAAAGUCCUCGUGGUAAUCUACGGCCUGCUGGGCUGCUCUGCCACCAUUAUCUUCUUCAACCUUUUCCUGGAGAGGGUCAUCACCAUUUUUGGGCUUCCUCAUGCGAUGGCACCACCGGAAGAGAACACACAACAUCAGGCUAGGGGGCAACGGCAACCAACACGAGGGAGAAGGAGAGGAAAGAGGGGUGGAGGCCCUCUGUGUAUUCGGUCACUCUCAAACUGCCUCCUCAUGCUCCUGGGGGUAUGCUGUACCUACUCCCUUUUCAAUGCCCUGUCUGUCAUCAUCAAACGGGCUGAACUGGAUCCUGAGUCAGCUGAUCCAUCUGCGUAG